AUGGCAGCUGACUGUGACUGUGGCUGUAAGAUAGAAUGUGACUGUGGCUACUGUGACUGUGUCUGUAAGAUAGACUGUGACUGUGGCUGUAAGAUAGACUGUGACUAUGGCUGUGCUUUAGACUGUGACUGUGGCUGUGCUUUAGACUGUGACUGUGUCUGUAAGAUAGACUAUGACUGUGGCUACUGUGACUGUGGCUGUGCUUUAGACUGUGACUGUGGCUGUGCUUUAGACCGUGACAGUUGCUUUGAGAUAGACUGUGACUGUGGCUGUAAGAUAGACUGUGACUGUGGCUUUGAGAUAGACUGUGACUGUUGCUGUGCUUUAGACUGUGACCGUGGCUGUGCUUUAGACUGUGACCGUGGCUAUGCUUUAGACCCUGCCAGUGGCUGGGAGAUAGACUGUGACUGUGUCUGUAAGAUAGACUGUGACUGUGGCUGUAAGAUAGACUGUGACCGUUGCUGUGCUUUAGACUGUGACCGUGGCUAUGCUUUAGACUGUGACCGUUGCUGUGCUUUAGACUGUGACCGUUGCUGUGCUUUAGACCGUGCCAGUGGCUGUGAGAUAGACUGUGACUGUGGCUGUAAGAUAGACUGUGACUAUGGCUGUAAGACCAUGCGUAUGACUAUCAGUUAUCUCACACCAUGA